AUGCGCGAGUUCAAGGCUGUCGUCCUUGGUGCUGGAGGCGUCGGCAAAUCCGCGCUGGCCGUGCGCUUUGUGCGCGACGAGUUCGUUGAGGUCUAUGACCCUACCAUUGAAGAGGCGUACCGGCGCGCCUUCGAGGUCGAUGGUGAACUUUCUAUGAUUGAGGUUUUGGACACCGCUGGCGCGGAACAAUUCACUGCGCUGAACGAGAUGUACAUCACCCAUGGGCAAGGGUUCAUCCUUGUCUUCAGUUUGACCCAAGCUUCUUCCUUGCGGGAAGUUGAAACGCUUCGCGAACAGAUUUAUCGCAUAAAGGGCGAAGAUAGCACUUUCCCACUUGUUCUCGUCGGUACGAAGCUCGACUUGACUGGCGAGCGCGAGAUCGGUACACAUACACUCGACCAGCUGUCAGCGCGCUGGGGCGGCGUCCCCAUAUAUGAGACUUCGUCCAAGCGCAAUUGGCAUGUGCUCGAUGUCUUCACCGACCUGACCCGACAGAUGCGCGAGCGCAUCCCAGUUGAACCUGCAAAGAAGCGCAACAAGAAGCGCUUCCGCAACGCCUGCAUCAUCAUGUAG